AAAAAUAAAAUUUAAAUUUUUAUUAUAAAACAAUUAUUGUUAAUUAUUAUUUUAAAAAUAAAAAAAAAUAAAAAAUAAAAAAAUUUUAAAUUUUAAUUUUUUGUAAAUAGUAAAAUUAAUCUAAUAAAAAAAAUAUAUAAAAAAUUUUAAAAUUUUUUUUUUUUUUUUUUUUUUUUUUUUUUAAUUUUUUUUUAAUUUUAUUAAUUAUUUUUUUUUUUUUAUUAUUUUAAUUUAAAAUUUAUUAAACAUCAAACCUGAUCAGCCACUUUAAAAAAUUAAAUUGUAUAUACUAUUAUCAACACAAACAAAAACAAAUAAAAAUAACCAACAAUAUUAUCCGAUAAUAUUAGUUUUAAUAGAAAUUUAAACUCAAAUAUUUAAUCAAAAUUAAAAAAAUAAAAACAACAAUAAUAAUUUAAAUAAAAAUAAAUAUAUAAAAUGGAAAAAUACGCUAAAAUUGAAAAGCUUGGUGAAGGUACAUACGGUAUUGUAUAUAAAGCAAAAAAUCGUGAAACAGGUGAAAUUGUGGCUCUUAAAAGAAUAAGAUUGGAUUCUGAAGAUGAAGGUGUUCCAUGUACAGCUAUUAGAGAAAUAUCUUUAUUAAAAGAAUUAAAACAUCCAAAUAUAGUAAGAUUACACGAUGUUAUUCAUACGGAAAGAAAACUUACAUUAGUAUUCGAAUAUUUAGAUCAAGAUUUAAAGAAAUAUUUAGAUGAAUGUGGUGGAGAAAUUUCAAAAGCAACCAUUAAAUCAUUCAUGUAUCAAUUAUUAAAAGGUGUAGCUUUUUGUCAUGAUCAUAGAGUAUUACACAGAGAUUUAAAACCUCAGAAUCUUUUAAUCAACAGAAAAGGAGAGUUAAAACUUGCAGAUUUUGGUUUAGCUAGAGCAUUUGGUAUUCCAGUUAGAACCUAUUCACAUGAAGUAGUUACUCUUUGGUACAGAGCCCCAGAUGUUUUAAUGGGUUCAAGAAAAUAUUCAACACCAAUUGAUAUUUGGUCAGCUGGUUGUAUUUUUGCAGAGAUGGCAUCAGGUAGACCAUUAUUCCCAGGUUCUGGUACUAGUGACCAAUUAUUUAGAAUUUUCAAAAUCUUAGGUACCCCAACUGAAGAAUCAUGGCCAACUAUUACUGAAUUACCAGAAUACAAACCUGACUUCCCAGUUCACCCAGCACAUAAUUUGGCCUCAAUUGUUCAUGGUCUUGAUGAAAAAGGUUUAAAUUUACUUUCUAAAAUGUUACAAUAUGAUCCAAACCAAAGAAUUACUGCUCAACAAGCCCUUAAACAUCCUUAUUUUGAUGGUUUAGAAAAUACAGUUUAAACCCCAACACUUUAUAGCAUUAUAAUUUUUUUUUAAUAAACAAUGUAUCUAAACUUUUUCUUAAU